AAAUAUUGAAUACCAUAAUAUUGUUGGCAGUAGCAGAGUUGAUUUUUGGAAUGAAAUCGCAAAUAAAAUCAAUGAAGAAUUUCGCACUAAUUAUACUGGUCAUCAAUGUAAGGACAAGUUUAGAAAUCUUGUUAAUAGUCAUAAUUCAUUAUGUCGGUAUGUGGCUGGAAAUAGAACGGGUCGGAGAACCAGAGUUGCUGAAAGAUAUUUCGAUGAAUUUCGUUCUCGCUUUUGGGAAAGACCUGAAACGCAAUUCGACCAAAUUCAUAAUGUAAACCGAUCAUCCAGAAGACGGGAAGAAAGACAAUGUAGCCGUACACCACCGCCAUCAUAUGAAGAAGUUUCAUCGAUGCUUGAUCUCCGGGAGUUUUCUACUAGCCAAAGGGGACGAUCCAGAUCACCUCGCAGAGUAUCUAAUGAUA